AUGCCGCCCCGGCUGGACGACUACGACGGGGCGUCUUCUCAUGCCUUCGGAAACAUCUACAUCCUGCCACCCAGUGGCAUGCACUACAACACCGUCAUCUUCCUGCAUGGCCGCGGCAGCACCGGCCGGGAGUUUUGCGAAGACCUCUCCCAGGGCGUCAUGUCCAAUCUUCGAACGCUGCAGAACGCGCUGAGAUGUCGCGGCUUCCGCCUCGUGUUCCCGACGGCGCGGUUGGUUUUUAGUCGUGGCUUGACCGAGUGGACGCCUGCGUGGCUGGAGGAGUUCUUCUAUGACUUGGAUCAACUGGACGUGGACCAGCAUGACAUGGUCACGCAGAACAUUGUCGAUGGGACCGAGUUUCUCCAUAACCUCAUCGUCGAGGAGACGAACCGCCUGCGCGGAAAUGCCAGGAAGCUUUUCAUCGUUGGCUACAGCGACGGCGGCUCUAUCGGCCUGUGGACCUUGUUGACGCUGCCUCCGGCGGUCCAGGCGCUGGGAGGCUUCAUCGGCAUCAACACAACACUGCCCUUUGGGCCGAGUAUCAAGAGGCAUAUGCGAGGGGAGGUGGGAUUGCCACGACCCAACGACCCCUAUGAGGAGCAGCGUUGUCGACAGGACGAGUUUGUAACGGACAAGUUGACCAUGAUACUGCGACCGAUUCGGCGGGGAAGCCCGGAGCCCCCUCCCCGCGUGUGCAGAACCCCAAUUCUCAUGAUGCACGGCGUGAACAAUAAGAUUGUGGACAUAAACCUGGCUGACGAAGCUUUGAUUACGCUCGGCACCAUGGGUUUCGCGACGCAGUGGUUCACCUAUACGGGUGAGGAGGAGGAUGCUCACUGGAUCACGGAGCCGGAGGGGUUCGACGACAUCUUCAGGUUCAUUGUCGGCUCCUACCACUGA